AUGUCCACAGGUGAUCGAGGGAACGUGAUUCUAGAGCAGCCCAGAGCUUCGGGAAACUCAUACAGAGCCUGGAACGAUGGAUUAUGGGACUGUGGAAACAACUACACAAAUUGUUUUCUCACGGCUUUCUGCUACACUUGCAUGACGUGUCAUUUGUAUGGGAAAUACGGUGAAGGUUGCCUCACUCCGUGUAUCGUCCCGAUGUCUGCAAUGGUACUGACUGUGCAACACCGCAACAGAAACGGAAUUCGGGGUAACAUCCUAGAAGAUUGCUUGACGCAUGCAUUCUGCAGCCCUUGCGCUAUAUGUCGCCUGUAUCGGGAUAUGCAAUUUGUAGAAGAGAUAAAGGGCUCGCUGAACUGA